AUGUCCGCAUUGAACGAGAAGCAGCCGUCAAGGGAUGAUCCACCGUUGAAGGAUGAUGGGAAACAUUCUGAGGUGGUUUCAUCCACUUCCCUGGAGGCUCAGGGCAUCAAUGAGAAGGCGUUGCUUCGCAAGUUGGACCUCCGCCUGUUACCGGGGUUGACCUUGCUGUAUCUGCUGUCCUUCUUGGAUCGUAGCAAUGUCGGCAAUGCUCGUCUGGAAGGCAUGACAACAGAUAUCGACAUGACUGGCAAUCAGUAUCUGACUGGUCUGACGUUGUACUUCCUCGGAUAUGUCCUUUUCGAAGUGCCCGCGAACAUCGUGCUGAAAAGGACCACUCCGCGCAUCUGGCUGCCAACAGUCACUCUUCUCUGGGGCAUUGUCGCGACGCUUUUGGGCGUCGUCCAAAAUCUCUCUGGGUAUCUAUCAUCGCGCUUUUUUCUCGGUGUUGCAGAGAGUGGCCUGUUCCCGGGCGUGGUGUUUUACCUUUCCAUGUGGUAUAAACGCAAUGAACAACAUUACCGGGUGGCCCUGUUCUUCAGUGCUGCGUCUCUCGCAGGUGCCUUUGGUGGUAUUCUUGCAUGGGGCAUCGCACACAUGAGAGGCGUCGGUGGCUAUAACGGCUGGCGAUGGAUCUUCAUUCUGGAAGGACUGGCGACUAUCGUCGUCGCUACCAUAGCCUACUUUUUCGUCUACAACUACCCUUCCACCGCCGAAUUUCUGUCAGAAGGAGAGCGCAAAUUCAUACAGGACCGACUGAGGAGGGAUAAUGAUUCCACGCGAAAUGAGCAAUUCAGCUGGUCCGCGGUCCUGGAUGCAGUAAAGGACGUCAAGGUCUGGCUGUAUGGUCUCGGGUUUCACACCCUGUCUCUUCCACUGUACACGCUUUCUCUAUUCAUGCCAACAAUCAUCAAAGAACUCGGCUACACAGCUGCCCAUGCACAGCUUCUAACAGUACCUCCCUACGCAGUCGCAUUCAUUCUAACCAUCACUGUAGCCAUCCUGUCGGAACGCACCCGUCUCCGCGCCCCGUUCAUCAUGGGCGGCUCCCUCCUUGCAUGCAUCGGCUACAUCAUCCUCAUAGCAAACGACCCAGUCCGCCCUGGCGUGUCCUACCUAGGCACCUUCUUCGCAGCAGGCGGCAUCUACCCGGCUGUAGCGAUCGUGCUGUCCUGGCCUGCUAACAAUGUCUCGGGACAGACGAAACGCGCUAUCGCCAAUGCCAUGCAGAUCUCCAUCGGUAAUCUGGGGGCUGUGAUCGGAACGCAGUUGUACCGCACCGAGACCAGCCCGAGGUAUUUCCUGGGCCAUGGGUUUGCGUUGGGGUAUCUCGUUGCUAACAUCGUCGUCGUUGCUAUAACCUGGUGGUUUCUGAAGAGGGAGAAUGUAGCCAAGAAGGCCGCAAGAGAGGCGAGUGGGUUGCAGGCUUGGGGGGGAUCGGGGGGUGAUUUUGCUGGUGUGAUUGAUUUGGAGCAUGAGGGGUUUUUGGGUGAUAGAGAUCCCAGGUGGGUUUUCCAGACUUAA